AUCCACCCCAUCGCGCUCUCUCUCUCUCUCUCAUUCUCCAUCUCAUCCAGAUCCCGCCGCCCCAACCCUCUCACCCUUUUCCCGGCGAGUCGCACCGCCCCAACCCUCUCCCACCCUCAUCUCGUAGCUCCCCUUCCCUUCAUCAUGCUCGGGCUCCCUCUCGCUUCUGCGGCCUGGACCCAUGUGGUUGGCAGAGCCGUGGCGGGGGAGCUUCACCGGCUACGUCGCCGUGGGUUCACCGGAGUGAAACGCCAGACUUUUUCGGGAGACGACGCUGUUGCGACGCCUCUCUGCCAUCACCGGUGCUGCCAUUUUCGUCGGGCGUAGCGUGCGACCCACAACAUUGGGGACACACCAGUUUCGUCGGUCGAUUCAGACCCAACUCCGUCCCCGCUUCUUCCCUCGAGCCAGCGAUGGCUGUUCUAUUCCAUUCCCCGUUUAAUUUUGAGUACUGGAGUCCAAGGCGAGCCCAACUAUGGCUGAGAAUGAGUGCCAGGGCCCAAGGCUGCUGUAGUGCUAGACGCUGUGGCCGUUUUCUCCCACGCGGGGGCCUGUCGCGCGCUUACCCGGGAGUGUCGACGGUGGGCACGACCUGUACUGCUUCCUGCUGGCCUCUCAAGGCCUCCUCCUGGUCCACAGCUACUCCGCGACUCCAAAUUGGCGGCAUUGAAAAAAGGAAUGGUGUUCCGUGGAUAGGUCAUGCGUUGGAGAGGGAACGACAAGCUGCAGCAGCGAGAGGUCUUGCCUCUUUUCUGCUGUUCUUGCUUCUCCCGUAUGAUUUUUUAGUUGGUUGUCUUGGAGAGGAAACGACAAGCUGCAGCAGCCAGAGUAGUAGGAGCAGCAGCUUCAACUCCCACGUCUCUGAGAUUUGUUCUCCAGUUCAAACUGUGCGUCAACUGUUCAACUGAAUGUCUUAAAAAACGAUGUUUGAUGGAAUGCCAGAAAAGAAUGCACGUCUUUUUCCUGGCUAAAAUUUCGUUGAGAGUGUUCUGUUUUCUCUAUCUGGUAAAUUUCAUUGGCCUCAGAGUUGAUUCCCUCUUUUAAUUCAUUUGGUGUGGUUUUCUAAAUGAAGAAGCAGAACCAUUUUGGUUGUUAUUUUA